UAGAAAGGGCUAGAUCAUUUCCACCAUAGAACCCUUAGGAAGAGGGUGGAGGUACUUAUCAUGACUCAUGUUCAUGCCAAAGGCGCAUUCACAAGGUGAGGUUGCCGAUUUAGGAAGGCAGCGCAGCCAGCCGGCAGCCACCGCUAGAGGCGGCGUCCCUCACAAAAACCCACUCCAUCCCCCUACAAAGACAACGGCAAGCCAAAAAGAGAGCGGGACACCAACCCGGGCGCCAAAAGCUCCUCUCCAAAACCACGCCGCGCCGCCGCAUUCCAGCAAACACCUCGCCGGCGGAGGCGGCGCCCCGGAUGGUCGGGUCCGACGUCCCUCCCGGCGGCUCCGGCGCGCCCCCGGGGUCGCCGGAGCGUCCCAGGAAGCGUAAGAGCGGCGCCGAGGUCGCGGCCGCGGCCGAGGACGCGUCGCCCAGGCGCACGACGCGGAGCUCAGCGUCGUCGUCGGCGCAGGUGGACGUGAAAGGCGCGGUGGCGUGGGCGCGGCGCGUGGCCGCGGGGGAGCUGUGGGCGGUGCGCGGGCGCAACCGUGGCAUCGACGUCGACUUGGAGCCGCUCGGGGCGGUGAUCCUGGCGGUGCGGCACGUGCGCUCCAAGCUCGACCCCGACGACCCCGACACGCCGUACUACAAGAAACAGAGAAGACAUCACAAACAAGACACAAGGAGUUCUGGAAGGAGAGCUGGUGAACUGGGUCACUUAUCUAGUUUUCUUGAAUCAACGAGGAAACGUAUUGGGAUAGACCCUGUGACAUGUCAAGCUGCUAUCCCUGAGUAUAAUGACCCAUCUGAGGAAUCUAACGCUAACUACAGAAAUGAUAAAGAUACCUUACAAAGGAUGGGCACGGUGGUCAGGCUGCCACCCAUUGUGGAGCCACCGAGGACAAGGAAAUGUUCUCAUCCUGUAUCUGAGGAUGACAAUUGUAAAUGUUCUCAUCCUGGAUCUGAGGCCUGCGUAGAAGUUCAUGUAAGAGAGGCCUGGAAGAGGGUCAAGUAUCAACUGGGUGAUCAGGCUUUCAGAAACUGCGGGUUCGAUGCAAUGGGUGAGCGAGUUCUGAAGUUAUGGACUGCAGAAGAGAAGAAAAAACUUGCUGAUAUUGAGAAAUUGAUUCCUCAGAGUAAGAGUUCUGAUGAAGACUUCAUGAAGGUUGCCUUGGAGCAGUUUAGCUCAGAGAGAACAACAGAUUUGGCUAAGUAUUACUACAACGUUUUUCUUCCAAGAAGGUUGGCCAGCCUGAAUAGAACAGAAGCUACAAACUCCAUAGAUGCGAGUCCAGAUAAUGAAGGCAACAAUCAAGAUGAUGACAACAAAGUGCAUCGCUCUGAAGAGAAGAGUAAAGGCUCUGGAUCAUCUUCCAAAAGGUCCUUGGGGUAGGAGAAAUGCCAUACAUGCGGGUGACAUUUUGCUGUGGAGGAAGAGGAAGUAGGAAAAACCUGAAAUACCUUAAUUGCUUUGGACAAUUGACCAUUCUUUUUUUCAAGUGGACUGGGGUAGUCUUCAAGGUUACAUAUCUCUGGCUAUAUGCAGUUGGAGUUGGAGUAGAAAAAUAUCACUUUUGCAGUGCUUGAAAGUGAAUGGUUAUUAGGUAUCAAACUUAAAUCAGCUACCAGUGAGUAGACACUGGAGUAAACAUAUGCUGAUGAGUUAGUCUAACCUUUUUUCUCCUCGAGAGAGCGUAUAUGUUCAUGCAUCGUGCCAUUUUGCAUGGACGCACAUAAUAGCAAAUCGAGAAAAAAGACAUGGUAUAGAGAUGCAGAGAGUUUACCAGAUAUGUUGGUCACCAUUUAUGGAUUGUUAUGACAUACAUCCUGGUAGCGAAAUUUUGCUCAGCCAGUUUGAUGGUUGUUGGAAAA